AUGGCCCGCAAGCUGCAGGCCCGGCGGGUCAGUGUCGAGGAGGCCGUUCGCGCUGCGGCGGGCAGCGGCAAGGUGUCCAGGCGCGCGAGCUCGGUGGAGCCGUUCGGCGCGCCCGGCGGCCCGGCCUCGCGGCUCUCGGGGCUAUCAUCUCCGAAGAUGGGCAGCAAAGCGAAGCGCGACCUGGUGGUGAUGCUGAAGCAGUGCGAGCGCACCUACAAGGUGCUGCAGCUGCGGCGCAACCAGAAGUUCCAGAUCUUCAAGCGCAGCCUGGUGAAAGCAGGCAUGGCGGAGGAGGCCGAGCGGGCGGUCAAGCCCGAGAUCCAGAGCGAGAAGCAGGCCCGCCUGGAGAAGGAGCUCGAGGAUGCCCGGGAGAACGUGCGCAGCCUCCAGCGCAUGGUCCAGUUCUGGGAGAACCGCAUCAAGACGCGCGAGCAGCGGAUGGCGGAGGAGAAGCAGAGACUGGAGCAGGAGCUGGGACCCGACUGGCAGCAGAUCCUGGAGAAAGCGGGCGGGGACACCAGCGCGCUGCGCCGCGCCUCCGGCGCGGACCUCGACGGGGCCGACCGGGCCGACCGGCGCGGCGCCAGCGGCGGCGGCCAGCAGGUGUGGGCAGGCGUGCUCCACGGCGGCGAGAGGCCGCAGCAGGCCCCGGUCACCGCCGCCGGCAUCCUCGGCGCCAUGGCCCUCGUGGGCACGAGCGCGGUGUCGGGCGCUCG